AUGGCGCGGAAGAAGGAGUAUCCUGUGGCCGGCGACGCGUCAAGCGGGGGCGCUGGCGCCAACGCCGGCAAUAACGUGAAAAGACCGCCAAAUCCGAAUGCAGCGCCAAGCGGCUCGCAAACCAAAGUGGACAUCACUGCUCGCAUCAAUACCCCGAUGAAGCGAAAAGAGAUUCCGUUUGCUGCUACGAAUGCGCAUGCCGUAUACGAUGUUGCCGAUCUGCGUGCUCAGCUUGGUUCGUUCGGUCUAACGCAUCGCCUCGAUACAGUGCAGUAUAUGGUGAAUCAUCGCGGCCACUUCGAGCAGUUCAUUGAUGUCCCUUUUGAUCGUUAUGUGAAUGAUCUGAGCCGUCCGGGUACUUAUGCGGGUCAAGAUGCUCUUGUUGCGUUUGCACGGCUUCAUGAAGUGAACAUCAUCAUUCACCAGCUAAAUCGACCGCUCUGGAAGAUCCAGGGCACCGAAGACAGCAACGCACCGGAACUUCACCUUUCCUAUCAUAACGGCGAGCAUUAUUCGAGUGUGCGUCGAUUCGGUGAUAUCGCCAAUACACCAGCCGGAAUCCGCAUCAUGGUACCAGCAGCUGCAGCACCACCACAUUUGCUGAAACACUGCAGUAACACAUCGAACGAAACGAGAACCGAACGAACUUAUUUACACGGCGAUGACGAAUUCACUACCUUGGUUCAUGAAGUGCGAGUAAUGAAUCGUACUGGCUGCCGUGAUGGAGCUAUGGCAACCGAGGCGUUAAUCGAAAGUUCCGGCGAUAUGGAUCAGGCAGUGGAUUACCUUCUUUCAAUUGCAUUAUUUGUUGGCUCCGGUGAUGAAGAAAAUCUUUCCAAAACUAUCAGCCAAAACACCAUGGAUAUGUCAGGUCUGAAGAGGCUUUUCAUUGUUUCGCAUUGCUGCAGCGCAGAAAUUUCCUCACCGAAACACACAAUUGGCUUUCUAAUUUGA